AUGCAGAUUCUCGCGGCUCUCUCUGCUAUUGGGGCCCUAGUAGCCACCGCUACUGCGGCUGCAGUUCCAAAUGCGCCGGCAAAGCAAUCCAUGAUUGAUAUUCAGCUUUCAGCCACUGGCAACACCCUGAUCAAAGCCACUAUCACCAACAAGGGAGAUAAGGCUUUGAACUUGCUGCAGUUCAACACCAUUCUUGACAAGAACCCAACCCGCAAGGUUCGAGUGUACCAGAAUGGCACCGAGGUCAAGUUCACCGGAAUGCUUGCCCGAUACAAAAUGUCCAAUCUCUCUCCCGAUUACUUCACUACCCUUGGUCCUAAAUCCAGUGUUGAAAGCACCUUUGACAUCGCCCGUACCCAUGAUUUGACUCGUGGCGGGAAGAUUACUGUCAUGGCUUCUGGCACCAUUCCUACCGCUGAAGGCCACGGUAAUGGAACCUCCAUUACCGGAUAUGCCAGAUACGAGUCCAACAAGCUUGAACUGGAUGUUGAUGCGAAGAAGGCUUCCUCCGUUGCGCAAGCCAUGGGAAAGGUUAACAAAUCGCGCAGCACUAUCGACAAGCGCACUAACAUCGACACCUCCAGCUGCAGCCAAAGCCAACUUGAGGCCCUUGAAGGCGCCCUCUACAACUCUGCUGCCCUUGCUCAAGCCGCUGCUGAAGCUGCCCCUCAAAGCACCGACACUGUCGCUGAGUUCUUCAAGUCUACCAGCCGAAACACUAUCAAAACCCUCGUCUCUCGUUUCCAAUCAGUUGCCAGAGAAUCCACUUAUGUUAAUGAUGGCAGAACUACCUAUUACUGCACUGAUUCUAUGAAUGGCUGCUCACCCGGUGUUCUCGCUUAUACUCUUCCGGACCAAAACCUCAUUUUUAACUGCCCAAUCUACUAUUCCGAUCUACCUCCCCUUGCCCAAUCAUGCUACGAGCAGGAUCAGGCUACUACCACUCUUCACGAGAUGACCCACAACUCUGCUGUCGUUAGCCCGUUCUGUGACGAUCUUGGCUAUGGUUAUGAUGAUGCUACGUCUCUCUCUGCUAGCCAGGCCCUCCAGAAUGCUGAUUCUUAUGCGCUUUUCGCCAACGCUAUCUACCUCGGCUGUUAG